AUGCUCACAAUGUUUUCUGGCACGAAGAUAACGGCGCUGCCGCCUGGCGUCAAUCCAGCGUCGUCGCCGUCGCAACUGCGAGCGCGAGGCACCCCGUCGUCCUCAACACCCAAGGCAGACUCCACAUCGACAUCAGACUAUUGCGAGGAAAGGCGGCACAUACACCAUGAGGCCGACAUUGUCAUCGUGGGUGCGGGUGUUGUUGGCUGUGCAGCAGCCGUCGCGUUUGGCAAGCAAGGCAGGAGCGUGAUUCUGCUGGAGAAGAGCCUGAAGGAGCCGGAUCGGAUUGUCGGCGAGCUAUUGCAGCCUGGUGGAGUCAAUGCGCUGGAGAAGCUGGGCAUGAAGGAUUGCCUCGACGGCAUUGACGCGAUUCCCUGCUAUGGCUAUCAAGUCUCCUACUACCGAGAACCCGUACACAUCCCCUAUCCCAACAACCUUGUCACAUCCUCACCGUCAAAAACCCCAGAAGGUCGCUCCUUCCACCACGGUCGCUUCAUUUCCAAACUGAGGGCGAAAGCCCGUGCCACACCGAAUGUCACCAUUGUCGAAACAACCGUAACCAGGGUCGUCAAGAGCGACUACACAGGCCAAGUCGUAGGCGUAGCGUGUCAGACAGAGGGCAAGCAGGACUACUACUUUGGCGCUGUAACACUAGUAGCAGACGGCUAUGCGUCCAAAUUCAGGAAGGACUACCUACCACACCAACCACAAGUGCGGAGUAAGUUCUACGCUCUCGAGAUGAUCGACGCAGAGCUGCCCAUGCCGAACCACGGCCAUGUCGUUCUGUCUGACGCACCCCCGAUUCUCAUUUACCAAAUCGGCACACACGAGACGAGGGUACUAGUUGACGUGCCUGAAAACCUGCCCAGCGCAAGCGUCAAGGCCGGGGGAAUAAAGAACCACCUGCUCAACGUCGCACUCCCCAACCUCCCAGAAUGCGCCCAGCCAGCAUUCAGGCGCGCCGUCGAAGACGGCAAACUCCGCUCCAUGCCAAAUUCUUUCCUUCCGCCCGCGUCGCAAAAGACACCAGGCCUUAUCAUGCUGGGCGAUGCGAUGAACAUGCGCCACCCGCUCACGGGCGGCGGCAUGACCGUUGCCUUCAACGACGUCGUCACCAUGUCCAAUCUUCUCUCUCCAGAACUCGUGCCCAACCUCGAAGACACAGAGGCGGUGCUCAAGGCCCUCAGCCAAUUCCACUGGUCUCGCAAAUCCGGCAGCAGCGUCAUCAACAUCCUCGCCAUGGCAUUAUAUUCACUCUUCGCUGCCAACAACCCCUACCUGACGAGCCUCAAGAACGGCUGUUUCCGCUACUUCCAGCUCGGUGGCCUACAUGUGUCGGAGCCGUGUGGUAUGCUCAGUGGCUUGGUAGCGAAUCCGUGGACAUUGGUGUACCACUUUUUCUCGGUGGCGCUGUACGCUAUUUGGUGUCGACUAUGCGAGGUGCCAAUUUGGCAAGCUCCGUACGUGAUGAUCGUCGAGAGCACGAUGAUUAUCUGGACGGCUGCGCGUGUUAUUGGGCCGUAUCUAGUUUGGGAGGUCAGGCGGUAA